AUGGCAGAAGAUGAUAUCUAUAGUAAAGAUGGGAAGGUAAGCCUGGCAGAAGAUGAUAUGUAUAUGAAAGAUGGGACGGUGGAUUACAAAAAUAAUCCUGUCAAUAAGAAGAAAACAGGAACAUGGAAGGAAAUGAAUGCUGUGAAAGGUUGCCGUAACAUCAAUCUGGUACUUUAUUUCAAGCAUCGUCUGCACCAGCACAGUGCUACCACUUCUAAGAAUGAUUUGAAUUGGUCUAGAACCUACUACAUCACACCACUAAUAGGAGCAUUUCUCGCUGACGCAUAUCUAGGAAGAUACUGGACAAUUGCUUGCUUCUCAAUCAUCUAUGUCAUUGUGACUGAAAAUACUGGAAAUUUGAAUUAA